AUGGCUCAGAACAACUUGACUGGCGCCUGUCUUUGCAGGAACAUCACAUAUCGCAUUACCUUGCCAGAUCCAGAGACAUACCCAAAGCUAAUCAUCUGCCACUGCACCCACUGCAAACGCUACACGGGCUCGAGCUUCUCCGCCAAUAUUAUCAUCCCACAGGCUAGUUUCGAGUACACGAAGGGUACACCCAAUCUAUAUACGGACAGCAGUAAGAGGGGUGUACAGGUACUACGCGAGUUCUGUCCUGAUUGCGGAACACCGUUCACGUCACGGUCGAGUGAUGAUGAGGAAGUUGUUGCGGUGAAGUCGGGGACGCUUGAUGAUGAGUAUCGGGUUAAGUGCUCGGAGUUGGAAAUGGAGAUCUAUUAUCAUCGGAAAGAUGGGUGGGUGGAUGGGUUGGGAGGUGAGGAGGUGAAGAGGGUGGAUGGGAGUAUGGGGGAUUCAUAG